AUGCCUACGAGUUUUUAUGAUGAAAUACACCAGGUACCUAAUCUUUUCGCUAGGGCUACCUACAGUGUCAUGGCAGAUAUUGACCGCUAUACUCCAGGAGAAGCACAUACGACGAGAAUAUGCGCUAUUGUUUCGUCGUCAAUUUCAAUUUUUGCAGGAAUAAUUGGUAUCUAUUUCUUUUUGGCUAUCGAUUACAAAAAACGAGUUUUCAGACAUCAAUUGAUUUUUUUCUUGAUAUUAUAUGAUUGCAUUAAAGCAUUAUUCCUAUUGUUGUACCCAGCAAGGGUGGUUGCAAAAGCUUCUGUAUAUUACGAUCUAAAAUUUUGCAAGGUUGUGGGAUUUUUCACAGCUCUAUCUAUUGAAGGGUCGGAUAUUGCAAUUUUGAGUUUUGCUAUUCACAUCGCAUUAUUGGUUUUCAAACCAAACCAGACAGUCAAACGAGGUAUGAGCUAUGAGGGAGGAUUAUUUCGAUAUAGAUAUUACGUUUAUGCCAUAUCCAUUUUGUUACCCAUAUUACUUGCAUCCCUAGCCUUCAUAAAUGGUGUAGGCUAUGCACCAUUAACAAAUUGGUGCUACAUGCCUACAAGUCCACUUUGGUAUAGACUUGUAUUAAGCUGGAUUCCUCGCUACUUGAUUAUCAUCACGAUUUUCGUUAUAUAUGGUUGUGUCUAUCGCCAUGUAACAAAGCAAUAUAGUAAUGUCAGAAAUACGAUGAUUAGACCUGAUGAAUCAGAGCACGAUAAUACUUCGACAUGGAAAAGGUUUUACAAAGCCUUGGGAUUUGUGCUAUUUUUGAAUGUCUUUACAUCUGACUCUCUGAAAAAGGAUGGGAAAAAUGACACUUCUAUAAAUAAAGAAGAACAACCGUCAAAUUUUGUCAACGAUUCGUCUUAUGAUAAUCAAUCGAGAGAAGAGCGUUUAAACAACGAUCAUAAUUUAAUACCAGGAAACCUUAAUGAAGAUGCAUUGCAACAAUUCAGAAGGCGUCAGAAACAGGUUGAGCGGCAAAUGAAAACAAUAUUUAUUUAUCCAGUGUCCUACGUUUUGUUAUGGACAUUUCCAUUGAUAGUUCAAGCUGUAAAUUUCAAAUACACUAACUCCAACAACAAACCUAUAGUUUGGUUAAGUUCUCUUUCUGCGUUUAUGAAAGCAUUUAAUUGUACUGUUGAUACUGUCGUAUUUUUAAUCAGGGAAAAGCCUUGGAAAAUUAUAACAAGUAAAGUAGAUACUUCACCAACUGAAAAGUAUACAUAUUCUCGUUGGAGACACUUCAUAUCUUUCCUACCCUUAUUUUCGUUACCCAAAUCGCACGAAGAUUCCCCAAAUUAUGCAUUAAAUAAUUCUUUCAGUGAUCCCAUCUUCCAUGAUUACUCGAAGGUUCUUUCGGAUACAGGCCAUGUGGAUGUCCAACUUACUCAGUUAACUAGUAACAAGCUUAAUGUUAAUAACAACAAUGCUUCUAUAUCGCCUAAUAAGCAUCUGCAUGAGACUAAUUCCGAACAUAACAAUUCUGAUGAAGAAAUCCCUGAUGAAAUAGAUUUCACCGAGUUUUUAAAAAUGGGACCACCACGGUAG